AUGACAGAUUAUCAAAUUGUCAAGCAUGCAAACUAUAUUCUGAGUGGCCAUUUCACAUGUUUCCAAUUCUUAUUGGCUGUUAUGAUUGUGGUUGGAGUGUUUUACGGCCAAGAUGUCCAUAAUACAUCUUUCUUAUUAUUUUCCACGGUGUCCAUCUCUCUCAUCCUAGCUGUUUUUGCCUAUGUCGUAUUCGUUUUCGGUCAGAUAUAUCAGAUAUCGAUAGCUAUUUCUGUAGCAGAGGAUAUGCUCUGCAGAAGAGAGGAAACUCGAUCUGAAUAUGAAAUUGGAGUGAAGCAAACAGAGAGAAAACUAUGGAUUCGAUAUUUAUGGAAAAUGUUUCUCAUCAGAGAUUUCAUCUGUACAACCGUAGUAGUGUUUUUCGAUCUUGGUCACAGUUACAGUCGUGGAAUGUAUUUCCACUACACACAAAUGUAUUUAUUAACUAUCCACAAUACAAUCUACGCGUUUGUGCCUCUCGUAACUAUUUGCUACAUUUUAAACAGCCUUCUGAAUCGUCAUCAUUACUCACGAAAACCUCUGAACCCUCUACAGACUCAAAUCAAAUAUCAACUGUUCUCCAUCACGACAGUCCAAUUAAUUCUUCUUGCUCUAUCUAUCCUGCUGAGCCAUUUCGAGUGCCUCCCAGUUUUUGUAAACAUGCACGCACUCUCUGAGAACUAUGAAACCACAAUGGCACCGAUGGGAACUAUAACUUUACCACCGUAUAUGCCACAUUUAAUUGGUUUGAUAUUGCCAUUGAUCAUUCAAGUUACUUCUUGGAUUGAAGAAAAUUCAAAAACUGGAGAAAUUCCAGUUCGACCGAUUAGUCCGGAGAUUUUCUCUAUUUAG